CUUGCGUGUGAUCAAGGUGUGAUGUGAUGCCUACCUCAUCCGAGGGUCAGCGAUUUUGACGUGCAAGCUCUCCUUCUCCUGACUUUGAGCCAAUGCCAGAAACUCCAAAUCUAUCAAAAUGUAAUUUUCUGGGUGGUUGCCUCUAUUUGUUCCCAAAAUGAAUGUCAAGACUGCGGGAUCUCUAUCCUGCGGAAUUUGUAAAGAUGGGCCAAAGCACAAGGGAACGGAAGGAUUUGGAAGUCACUUCAGGAACUGCCAUGAUCCCCUUCAGUCCUAUCCUUGUGGCCAGCUUGAAUGUGGGAAAAAAUUCAUCACCAAAUCAUCUAUGAUCAGGCACAUUGCCACUGCUCACCUGGAUUUGUUUGAAGAUCAUGAUGGGGCUGGACCUAGUCAUGGCAAUGUGACACUGCAGCCUACUAGUCCCGGAUCCUUCUUACCAACUUUGCAGGAUUACUCUUAUGAUAAUGAUGACGAUACUUUCAGUGUGUGCUUUGAAGAGAGUGCAGCAGAAACUUCAGCAAAACAGCAGAAUGAAUCAUUGCAAGACCAGUUAAACAAUGCGGCAGUUCAAAUGCUUCUAGAUUUACGGUCCAAAGCAAGUUUAACUGGGAAGGCAAUUGAAAGGUUUGAAUCUGGCUGCAACUGUAUGAUUCAGCAGUUCUGGGGGAAGUUUAAAAGAGAUCUUGACCUCCCGCUUGAUUCUGAAAGGUUUAACCAAAGAAGAUGCAGCUGAAAUAUUGAAAGAUCUUGUUGAUGUCCAAGAUCCUUUUGAAAACUUGAAGUCUAUUGAACAACAGCUAGAUUAUUUUGAAAAGAAGUUUGGCCUUGUGAAACCCGAAGAAAAGUAUUUAGGUGACCGUUUGGACAGAAGACUGGACCCUCAAUCCAACACCUAUGUUCAAACACAAGUGACUGAGUCUUUUCAAUAUGUGCCUAUUAUUAAGACACUUAAAGCUAUCCUCUCAAAUAAGAAGAACAGAAAUAGAAUUUUCAAAGACUUAGUAAGUAAAGAUGGAGUUUUGCGGUCUUUUGUGGAUGGAUCCAAAUUCAAAGACCAUCCAUUUUUGUUGAAACACAAGAAUGUUGUGCAUAUUCUAUUAUUCUAUGAUGAGCUUGAGAUUGCAAACUCACUAGGUUCUAAAACUAUAAUUCACAAGCUUGCUUGCUUCUUUUUUCAAGUUUUAAAACCUACCUGCUGAAGCAUCAUCAGAACUUUCUUCCAUCCAUUUGUUGGCCCUUGCAUAUGCUGAUGACAUGAAAAGGCCGGGUGCUUUCAAGAAGGUUCUUGCCCCUUUUUGUACAGAUAUGAAGAAAUUGGCAUCAGAGGAAGGAGUUACUCUUGAUCUUGAUGGAGAGCCCUUUGUCCUACGGGCCAUUUUGACAAAUCUUACUGCAGACACUUUAGCUGCCCAUGAUCUCUUAGGAUUCUUGAGUGUUGGAGCAAAUUACUUUUGUCGUAGGUGUAUGGUGUCUCGAGCAGAAGUCAGAGCUAAUGCAAAUGCUGUUGGUAUUCCCAGAACCCCCGAACUUCAUGCAGCCCACCUGGAACAAGUGCAACAACGGAAGAAAUUUUCAUCAGAAUGUGGAGUUAAACGCAGUUGCCCCCUGGAUGAUAUCCCUUACUUCCAUUGUGUAGAAAACAAUGUGUUUGAUGCAUUUCAUGAUUUACUGGAAGGGGUUGUACCACUAGUAAUCAAGUUAGUCUUGCGUCAUUACAUUACCAAGAGAAAGUUUUUUAAUGUUAAAUUUUUUAACGGUCUGGUAGUAUCGUUUGAUUAUGGAUUGCCUGACUCGAAGAACAAGCCCAGUCCAAACUUUGACCUUGACAUGUUGACAUCACCAAGAGGAAAGUUGAAGCAAACAGGAUCUCAAAUGUGGUUUUUGAUGAGAGCACUGCCAUUUAUCCUCGGGGAUUUGGUGGAGGAAGGAGAUCCUCACAUGAAUUUGAUAUUUUUACUUCAAGACAUAAUGCAGAUAAUUUUCUCAUUUGAGAUUCAGAAUGGAGAUGCAGACCGUCUUGACACUUUGAUAUACAAUCAUAAUGCACUCUUCUUUACGCUGUUCAUAGAGACUCAAGAAUUGCAUGAGGAAGAGGAUGAACAAGGAUUGGAUGAGCAGGAAGUCGACGGAGCAGACAAUGAACAAGGAGUGGUUACGCAGGACGUCGAUGAAGAAGACAAUCAAAAAGAAGUGCAUGAGCAGGAAGUCGAGGGAGAAGACAGUGAGCAAGGAGUGGAUGAGGAAGAGCUUGUUGAAGAAGAAGGACUUCUUAAAGAGGAGACAGAGCAGGAACAGACAGUGGGUAAAAGUGCCAGGAAUAAAAAUAAAAAGAACAACAAGAAGAAAAAGAACAGCAAGAAGAAGAAGAAGAAAGUUUAAAAAUAUAUGUUACAA